CUGGUAUAGUUCUUACUUCUUCUAAAUUAUCUCUAACGCGCGCAAGUAACAGCCAAGCACGGCAGCGUCACCGAUUUCAGUUCACCGACUUACAUUUAAACUGAUAUGAGUCAUGAGUGGAGCUACUAUCUCUUCCUCUAGCAGCUUCGCCAAAUCCUCAUUCAUAUUCCGCUCAAAGCCCUUGAGAGUGAAACAGAAUUUCUUCAUUCAAAAAUUUAAUCCUUCUCUGCGUUUCAGUCGGAAUCUCCUCGUUUUGGUUCCACUGGCAUCAGAGAAUGGUUCCGUAGCUGUGGAGGACGACCUUCAUGCACUUUUGGGGAUUCUUCCUCAAGAUUUGCAGGAAAGUCUAAAAAAUGAACCCAAAAGAUCUCAACUCUUAGAGGUGAUACUGGAUUUGGGCCGCUUGCCAGAAGCACGUUACUUGGAUGAGCAUGGAGGGCGAUAUUUGAGGAGUACAAAGGUAUCGAUGAAAGAGUUAGAGGAAGCGCAAAAUGCUGUUGGAGAAUUUGGAGGGGACAAUAGAGCUGGAAUUGAGGGUACCUUGCAUAGAAUAUCUGCAAUAAGAAGUCGAAAGGGGAUGAUUGUUGGUUUGACUUGCCGUGUUGGCCGAGUAGUUAGUGGUCAUAUAGACAUGGUUCAUGAUCUCCUUCAAUAUAGGGAGAGCAUCUUGUUUCUUGGACGGCCUGGAGUAGGCAAGACCACUGUCAUGCGAGAGAUUGCCCGUGUCUUGGCAGAUGAGCUUCACAAACGAGUGGUAAUUGUUGAUACUAGCAAUGAAAUAGGAGGUGAUGGAGAUAUUCCACAUGCUGCAAUAGGGGGUGCUCGGAGAAUGCAGGUUCCAGAACCAUCCAUGCAACACAGGGUCAUGAUUGAGGUAGUAGAGAAUCAUAUGCCUGAGGUCAUCAUUGUUGAUGAGAUUGGCACAGAAGCCGAGGCACUUGCUUGUCGUUCAAUUGCAGAAAGAGGAGUUAUGCUCAUUGGUACAGCCCACGGAGAGCGUCUUGCAAAUAUUAUAAAGAAUCAUAUCCUUUGUGACCUGAUUGGAGGAGUGGAAACUGUGACUCUUGGAGAUGAGGAAGCCCGAGCUAGACGUUGUCAGAAAAGUAUUCUUGAAAGGAAAGCUCCUCCAACAUUUCCUUUUCUUAUUGAGAUGAGGGAAAGACACUAUUGGGUUACUCAUCGGACAGAGAGAAGUGUGGAUAUGUUGCUCCAUGGUAAAAGGCCACUGGUUGAGAUUUUGGCCAAAGAACAAGCUGUCAUUUUUACAUGUCUGAAUCAGACAAGCAAGAGAAGUCUCGAUUAGUAGGCUAUCACCAUGAACAAGUUUUGGUCCUCUGGGUAACAUUAUACAUGUUAUGGAUUCAUUAUGUGUGGAAAAAAAAUCUUUUUCAAUGGGAAAUUGUUUCUUGCACUUAAAAUUUGACUUCCUUUCUUUGUGAGAUAACCAAAUCUGACUAGAUUUAAAAACACCUAAUAGUUUUAUUUCUAGUUAUAAUAUUUUAGAUGAAAAAAGUUGAGGGCAAACUGCAUCAUUUAUUAAAAAUAAAGAAAUUUGUGGUUAUGCUGAAAGGUCUACAUUUCAAUGAGAGUGCUAUCAGCAGAGAGUUGGUUUUAUCCAUCAGACUGGUUUUAGUGGUAAGACUGCCAAUGCAAGGUGGGGUACGGGUUUCAAAAUUGAUUUUGUUUAUAUGUUAGUAGCGAGUCACUGUGAGGAUGCCCUUAAUAAGAGUAUGUUUCAAAAUGUCAUCGACUUUUGGAACCCUUUAGCCAAAACUUUUUCCUUGCUGAAUAUCUUUUGAACCAAGUUUUCCUUCACCCAUGGUGAAAGGAGAAUCUCUUCAGACACUGGAUUUGACCCUUUGAUUGAACCUAAGAAGGCUAUUUCUGACCUACGUAAGUAGGGGAUGGGAGUUACAAAUGAGACUCACUGUUCCAGGAGUCUAGUCACAACGUUAAAUCACCGUGGAUGAAGAGAUUUUAGGUGAUGAAAAACUUUUGGCUCUUCUUCUUCUUCCUUUUAUUUUAUUUUUAUUGUUUUGAAUUUCAAUACAUUUAACCUAAAAAGGGAAAGAUUUCCUCUGGCAGUACAGGUACAAGUUAAUUCAUUUACAUCCUAAAUUUCCGUAUUCUCCAUUAUCUAUUAUACUAUUCUAUAACAUCAUUGGGUGGACUAUAUGUUUUAUAUAUUCUGCAGGUCAGGAGGAGGGAUGAUCAAUUCAGGGUUGUCAUAGAAAGAUGGAAGACAUAUGAUGAGGAUGGAAUUUAAUAUGUUUCGCGAUUUUUUUGACUGGAAGCUUGCAGAAUUCCAUACAUUCCAUAAGUGGAAUUCAAUGAGGUUAUUACUGAACCAUACCCUGUAUAGGUAAUGUGAAAUUACUUAUCUCAACAAUGUUUAACUUUUUGUUCACAUUAAAUGGUAUAAAUUGUAUUUGGACAUAACACUGUACAAAUAAUGUUUAUUCUUACUUUUAUUGUUCUAAUAAAAGUAAGAACCUAAUGGUCAAAGGAAACAACCUUUCUACA